AGUGGGGGGAUAGGGAUAGCGUAAAGAUAACGCGUGCGAAGGAGAGUGAAGCCGGGAAGGUGAGCGAGCGAGAGAGAGAGAGAGAGAGAGGAAGAGACGCACUCGAGCAUGGCAUCGCUCACCACUUCGAUUCACUCCGCCUGCAACUUGAACGCUGCGUUUCUUGGCGAUAGAAGUGGUCUCUCAGUUGCUGUUGCUCCUCUUGGUCACGUCCGGUUCGUGCGGAAGCUGGUGGAGUGUAAAGAUUCCAGGAUUGGGAAGAAACCAAUUGAAGUGCCUUCCAAUGUGACCAUUACAUUGGAAGGACAGGAUCUCAGAGUUAAGGGGCCACUUGGGGAGCUUUCAAGAACAUUCCCUCGCGAAGUGAAGGUUGUAAGAGAUGAAUCUGGGUAUAUAAAAGUAUCGAAAUCUGUUGAAACUAGAAGAGCAAAUCAAAUGCAUGGACUUUUCAGAACUCUCACAGAUAACAUGGUGGUUGGGGUUUCAAAAGGAUUCGAAAAGAGACUUCAACUAGUUGGAGUCGGGUACCGUGCCAUGUUGGAAGGCAGGGACCUGGUUCUCAACCUUGGGUUCUCGCAUCCAGUUAGGAUGACAGUUCCUGAAGGUUUGAAAGUGAAGGUGGACGAGAACACCAGGAUCGCCGUCAGUGGGUACGACAAGUGUGCCAUCGGUGAGUUUGCAGCUGCUGUAAGAAAGUGGAGACCUCCAGAGCCAUACAAAGGCAAAGGUGUCAAGUAUGCAGAUGAAAUUGUGCGACGAAAGGAAGGCAAAGCUGGGAAAAAGAAAUAGACCUGAACAAUUUAUGUACUUUGUUUUUGUUCUUGAAAUGCUUGUGCUCAGAAUCUCAUAUGCUGAUUGUUUUUGAUGGCCAAUAUUGUAGACUUUCCGGUCGACAUCGAAACUAGUCUGUAGUAAAAUAUCUGAACUCGUCACUUUUA